CCAGGCAUGAUGGGUCAUUUGUGACAUUUUGCUCUCGAGAAUCUCAUGCCAUUUUGUCUUCAUGUGCCAGCCGCUCUCAUAGGAAUGAACGAGGCCCCGCCUCCAACGCUGGAUCCAGUUCUUAUUAUCCACCCAUGAGUGGAGUGCGCGAGGCUCAGCGAGCCCUCACCAGUGUGAGCGCGCGGCUGCAGCAUGAGGGUGUUUCUGCUGCUCCUGUUGGGGGGGGUCGGGGCUCAGAUGUUCGGGACCCUCCAGUCUCCUAACUUCCCCGAUCCGUACCCCGGAGACACGGCACUCCUAUGGAACCUCAGUGUUCCCGAAGGCUUCCGGAUCCGACUGUACUUCAGCCACUUCGACCUGGAGCCGUCCUACCUGUGUGAGUACGACUUCGUCAAGGUGGAGGCAGAGGAGGAGGUCGUGGCUCUGUUCUGUGGGAGGGAGGGCUCAGAUACUGAAUCUGUCCCUGGUCUUCAGGUCCUGUUCUCCCCCAGAAACUACCUCAGUCUCUCCUUCUGCUCAGACUUCUCCAACGAGGAGAGAUUCUCCGGCUUCAGAGCGCACUAUAGCGCACAGGAUGUUGACGAGUGCGUUGCUGCUGAUGAGGAUCACCUCUGUGAUCACUUCUGUCACAACUUCCUCGGGGGGUUCUACUGCUCCUGUCGCUACGGUUACCUGCUGCACACCGACAACCGCACCUGCACAGUGGAGUGCAGUGAUGGUGUAUUCAUGGAGCGCUCUGGAGUUCUGAGCUCCGUAGAUUUCCCGUCUCCGUACCCGAAGAGCUCCGACUGCUGGUUCCGGAUCGAGGUGGAGCCGGGCUUCAGGCUCCGCCUCCAGUUUGACCCCAGCUUCGACAUCGAGGAUCACCCCGACGUCACCUGUCCGUACGACCAUCUGAGGGUGGUGUCGGGCAGCAGGGAGUUUGGCCCGUUCUGUGGGGAUCGAGCGCCGGGCGACAUCGAGACCGAUGGCAACCAGGCGACCGUCAUCUUCCACAGCGACAACUCGGGAGAGAACCUGGGCUGGAGACUCACAUACACAGCUACAGGAAGUAAGUGUGCGGCCCCUGAAGCCCCGCCCCAUGCCGUGCUGACCCCCGUCCAAUCGGAAUACUCUUUCAGAGACCACAUCCUGUUCACCUGCUCCCCUGGAUACACCCUGCUGCAGGAUGGACAGUCUCUGGAUCAUCUUCAGACGGACUGUCAGUCUGACGGCUCGUGGAGUAGCAGCCCCCCCCACUGCCAGAUGGUGGAUUGUGGGACUCCGAAGGCGGUUGCCAUGGCCGACGUGGUGUUUGGUAGUCAUGACAACAGCACAGUGUCUGGAUCCACAGUUUCCUAUGUCUGCCGCGAGGAUGCCGUCCAGCUGGACCCUAGCAACAGCUCCUACAGCUGUGCUCUGAAUGGUGAUUGGGUAAAUUCAGAGUCAGGGAGCAGCCGACUGCCCAGCUGUAUGCCAGCCUGUGGACGUCCGGCCCGGUCCCUCCCUGCUCAGGUGAAGCGGAUCGUGGGGGGCCGCAGGGCGGAGCCGGGCCUGUUCCCCUGGCAGGUGCUGCUCCGGGUGGAGGACCGUUCCCGGGUCCCGGAGGACCGCUGGUUCGGCUCCGGGGCGCUGCUGUCCCCUUCAUGGGUCCUUACGGCCGCCCACGUGCUGCGGUCCCAGCGGAGGGAUGCCAGCGUGGUCCCUGUGGCCCCCGAACACGUCAAGGUGUUCCUGGGUCUCCAUGAUGCUACAGACCAGACACUGGCAACCAAUCGAUCCGUGCAGGAAGUCCUCCUCCAUUCAGACUUCCAGCCAAACAACUACGACAAUGACAUUGCCCUGCUGAGGCUGGCGGAGCCGGUGGAGUUUAAUGAGCUAAUCCUGCCCGUCUGUCUGCCUCCACCCAACACAGAGGAUGACCCUCCUUCGCCGCCCCCUAACUCCAUAGGUGUAGUUGCUGGUUGGGGGGUCUCCCACUUGAACGCCUCCGCCCCCCUGCCGGGCACCGCCCCCCCACUACCCUCCCCCCUCCUGCAGUUUGUGAAGCUGCCGGUGGUUCCUCAGCUCGAGUGUUUGGAGAGCUACGCCUCCCGCUCCAUCAGAUACAACAUCACCAGCAACAUGUUCUGUGCCGGCUUCUUCCAGGGGGGGAAAGACACCUGCCUGGGGGACAGCGGGGGGGCGUUUGUGAUGCAGGACUGGAGGGGAUGGGCAGUGUUCGGCCUUGUGUCCUGGGGGGGGCCAGAGGACUGUGGGAGCCAGAGGGUCUACGGGGUUUAUACCCGGGUCACCAAAUAUGUGGAGUGGAUACAGCAACACACCGGGGGUGAGACAAGGGCAUGAAACAGACAUGUAGACAGACAGACAGACAGACACUUGAUCAAAUUAACUUAAACCGAAGACUGAUAAACAGUUACCUGAAACAACAGACUAAAAAGACUCAGACUCAACACAUUUGUUCAGAUGUGACCUCCAUCUUGUUUCCCACAAUGCCUUGCUGUUUGAAAGGAUGCAGAAACAGGACGCUUCAUGAAAUAUCUUUGAUUUUCUUUAUUAUCUUUGGACUGACUUGUAACUCACUCUGUAUGUUUACUUUACACUCCUGUUUAUAUGAAAUAAACACACCUGACACAC